AUGCGUCAUGACGUCACGUUUUUGCUGUUCAUGGGGAAGUUGAAAAGAUCAGCAGCAGCUGGAGGAAAGGACUAACGGCAAGCAGAAGAUGAUGAAGUGGCAGGUUAGAGGAGCUGUGUUAACUUGAGACCUGUUUCUGACCAGCAUGAGUGGUGACUGAGGCCUGACGGUGCCCUGGCUCCAGUGGCAGUAACAACAGGCAUCCAUCUUGGAUGAAGGAUGAAGAGCCCGGUGCACAGGUGCAGGGAUGUGGAGCACGGUCGUGGGCAGACUGCAACUAGGGCUGGGUCCAGCUGCCUGCAGCCUGAAGAGUGCAUCCCUGUCUCCAAAGACGUCAUCACCUCCUCCUCUUCCUCAGCCAUGUGGUUCAUCAGGGAUACCUGUGGCAUCGUGUGCGCCAUCAUCACAUGGCUGCUGGUGUUCUAUGCUGAUUUUGUUGUGCUGUGUGUAAUGCUGAUACCGUCCAGAAACCUUACAUACAACAUUGUGAACGGGAUUUUGUUCAACAUUCUGGCCGUCCUUGCUCUCGCCUCACACCUCAGGGCUAUGUGCACUGACCCUGGGGCGGUGCCAAAAGGGAAUGCUACUAAGGAAUACAUAGAAAGCCUUCAGCUGAAACCAGGGCAGGUGGUCUACAAGUGUCCCAAGUGCUGCAGCAUCAAGCCUGACCGAGCACACCACUGCAGUGUGUGCAAACGAUGUAUACGGAAGAUGGACCACCACUGUCCGUGGGUCAACAACUGCGUUGGAGAGAACAACCAAAAGUACUUUGUGCUUUUCACAAUGUACAUUGCACUUAUCUCUCUCCACACUCUGGUCUUGGUGGGUUUCCAUUUUUUCUACUGCUUUGAAGAUGAUUGGACAAGUGUUGCAGCAGUCCACCUCCAGUUUUACAUGAACAGCUCAGAUGAGCUCAUCAGUGUCUCACAAUGA